AAGCCAUGGUCUCCUUCGCCGCCAGGUCUAUGCUCCGCUCCGCCGCCGCCAGAACCAUCCUGGGUUCUCGGGUCGCCUCCGCAGCCCGACCCAAACCCGCCGCCGCACCAUUCAGCAUCCCCAAGCAAAACAAAAACCCCAUCUCUCACGCCCUUUUCAGGUCGCCUGUGGAGUUGAGCUGCUGCGUGGAGACGUUGCUUCCCUACCAUACUGCCACAGCCUCUGCAUUGCUCACUUCCAUGCUCUCCGUUUCGCAACGCUCCUACGGUUGGACCCCUGAAGCUUGCAAUGAUGAUGUAUGAUGAAUAUCAGAGGGUUCGAGCGUUAUGUAAUUGCGCCCUAAGACAAGAUGGAUGAUUGUUAUCCGUUGGGAUGCAGAGCAUUGGUCGUAGUUUUCAUCAAUUUCAAUGGAGUUUGUAAGACUUUCUCGAGGCGUUUCUUUAUUUUGAAAUCGAUAGACAUUAGUCACUUGAGGAAUAGGUGUGUUCAAUCUUGUAUGGAUUUAUAAUUUUCCAAUCCCAAUGAGAUUGAGGUUGAACUUAUGGAUGCAUAUUAAGGAUGAGCUCUUCCCGCCUCUUCCUGAUCUGUUUGUGUAGAUCAUAAUAAGCAAAUUGUACAUUGCAUUCUAAUGUUAGAAAUGGUGUAAAUUGUCUUGAUCGCAAGUAUGUUAAUAAUUAAACAGC